UUGUCUGCUUUCCAGUGUUUUUCGAAUUUUUUUCACAUUUUUCGGUUUUGAAGUGGAAAGUAGAAAAUAGAGUAGAUACGCUUGUGCAGGCCUCGGUGGUGGUUUCGUUUCCCCAUUUGAUGCAAUGUGUAUUGUGGUGGGAAUGUGGAGCGGUUAGCUGCUGCAAGGAAAGGUCUAAUUAAUCGCGUUGCCAGUGGGAUUUUAAUGUUUUGUGAAUGGCACGCCCCGACGUCGUUACUGCGGAAUCUGUUGCUGCGGGCAAAGGGGGACGACGCGCCGAAUUAGCGGAGAAUGGGCAGGCGCCGCUGCGCAGUGCGGAUCAGGGCGCAGGGGACGAGGUGGUGGUGAAGAGCGAGACGAAGAAACCCGCGUCGACAAUGCCGUCGCAUGCGCAGCAGCAUCCCAGCACGCUGAAGCUGCUGGGCUGCGCCGCCGGGGUCUUCUUGUCCUUCUUCGUCUUCGGCAUCUUCCAGGAACGCAUAACGCGCGGCGUGUACGGCGAGAACGAGCGCUUCCACUACACACUGACGCUGGUCUUCGUCCAGUGCGUCAUCAACGCCAUCUUUGCCAGACUCAUGAUCUACCUGACGCGGGAAGCCCGCGACACCACGCCGCGCUCGUUGUACGGCUGGUGCUCGCUGUCCUACCUGGCGGCCAUGCUCUCCUCCAACCAGGCGCUGCAGUACGUCAACUAUCCUACACAGGUGCUGGGUAAAUCCUGCAAACCCAUCCCGGUGAUGCUCUUUGGCGUGUUCUUCGCGCACCGGCGGUACGCCUUCAAGAAGUACCUCUUCGUCCUCUGCAUCGUUGUCGGCGUCAGUAUCUUCUUCUACGAGAGCGGGAAGAAGCAUUCCAAGGAGGAGCAGAAGGAGAUCGGCUUCGGCGAAGCACUUCUGGCCCUGUCCCUGUUUAUGGAUGGCGUGACGGGCGCCGUGCAGGAUCGUAUGCGCACUUCCCACAAGACGCGCCCCAACAACAUGAUGAUGUGGAUGAACAUCUUCUCCUCUUUUCUCCUGCUCGCCGCCAUCGUCGUGACCGGGGAGUUGGUGGAGGUGCUGGGCUUCAUCCUGCGCUAUCCGUACGUCUUGGAGCAGCUGCUGACGUUCGCCGUGUGCAGCGCCGUGGGACAGUUCUUCAUCUUCCUGACGGUGGCGGACUUUGGCCCGCUGCCCUGCUCCAUCAUCACCACCACGCGCAAAUUCUUCACCAUCCUCGUCUCCGUGCUCUUCUUCAACAACCCCAUCUCCGGCCUGCAGUGGGCCGCCACGCUCCUCGUCUUCAUAGGCCUCAUCCUCGACGUCAAGUACGGCAAAGACCGCAAACACUGAAACUGUCUGGUUAAUGCCGCGCGUCCGUCCGCCCGCCAUUCCUUUUGUACUCACACCAGAAAUGAAUUAAUAACGAUUUUAUUGCCAGUUUUCGCUGUAGCUUGACCGGUGGUCUGUGCAGUAUGCGUGCGUAUAAUGUCGUUUCCGGCGUUAUGCCGGGGGUGAAAUAACGUAUCGGCUGCAUGCGGCAAGUCUCCUUCUUUUAUUCCUAAUGGGUAAUGGCCGAUAAUCACUUUUAGUGUUUCAAUUGGGACAGGUUCUGUGUAAAAUUAGCAUGUCCGAACAUUGUCCGCAUCGCGACGCGACCGACAACUGCAGAGUUCUGUGCAACACACCUUCUCCGUAAAGAAUUACGUUUGGCAAUACAGAUUUUC